GGGAACAGAAUAUUCAUAUAUGUACUUAUAGGUCUUAAAAGUAAUUUUUGUUGUAUAUAAUAACUUUACAAAGCGAAUUUAUAUCAUUCAUUUUAACAACUGAUAGUUAGUUUUAUUUAAUAUUUUGAUUGAUUGAAAUGUCAAAUAGGUAGUGUUUUCAGUUCAAAUUUGUUUUCGUGUUGGCAAACUUCUCCGCAUCGUAAAGGGAUUAUACCAUGCUUCUCCAUUAUUUAACAUUUAAGGCAUUUAUGCACUUUUAGUUCAUUUCGACAACUUUAAUCUGAUCUAAUAUUUUCCUAACUGCUAUAACCUUACGCAACUUAAUAUAAUAUUUGCUUGAUGCACAACAAAUACUUCUUCAAUUUCCUGGGGGUCCUUUGCUGUCUAUGUAAACAUUUCUUGUUAUCUAUGCAUUAACAGCUGAUUAGUUAUCGGCAAUUGAGUUGUCACUGUGUCUAUUUAAUUCGCAACAAGUGUGAUUUUAGCAUUAUUAAGCAAAAAAUGUUGCGAAUGAUAUUUACAACGUUAGCGAAGAGCUCAAAUUCAACAGCAACCGCUGCGACGGCUUCAUUGCAAGCUGGAAGCUUUCGGAAACAAAGUACAAUAAUUAAACAAACCGAUGGCGUACGCGAAAUCGUUCUGAAUGAUCCAAGAGCACGCAAUACACUCUCCUGCGAGGUAAUGUCAUUGAUAUUGGACGGCAUUACAAAAGAUGUGCAUGACGAGAGUUUGCGUUGUAUUGUCAUUAGUUCUACCGGCCCAGUGUGGUCAGCGGGACAUAAUUUGAAGGAAAUCUCAGCAUCUAGCGAUAAGGGUCAUGCGAUCUUCAGUCAACUUGUUGAUAUUAUUUUGAACAUUUAUAAAUCACCCGUGCCAAUAAUAGCGAAAGUAAAUGGCAUGGCUACUGCUGCAGGCCUACAGCUGGCUGCUUCGUGUGACAUGGUAGUGGCAUCGGAUAAAGCUAGCUUUGCAGCUUCAGGUGUUAACAUUGGUAUAUUCUGCACUACACCGGGUAUUGCCAUAUCACGUGUUAUGCCACGGAUGAAAUCCUCUUACUUGCUAUUCACUGGUUUUCCCAUCAACGCACAGGACGCGCUAACGGCAGGUUUGGCUAGCGUUGUGGUGCCGGAAGCACAAUUAGAUGCUGAAACAGACAAAAUAACUCAAUCGAUAAAGGAGAAACCACGCGCUAUAUUAGCCAUGGGUAAAGCAUUCUACUAUAAGCAAUUGGGCUUGAGUGUCAAGGAUGCUUACGAUCAAGGCACAGACGUAAUGGUUAAAAAUAUCGGUAUGGAAGAUGCGCAGGAGGGUUUAAGGAGCUUCGUAGAGAAGCGCAAACCAAAUUUCACAAAGAAGUAAUAAGCGCUUAAAAAAUUAUGGAAAUUAUGUUUGUUGCCAUGAUUUCCUAAACAAAUGUUGUUACAUCGUGCAUUAUAUGGAUAUAUGUGGCUCGGUUUGCAACUAAAUUGCAUUUAUUUUGUGUCUUUAAAAGUAAUUUUUUUGUUGUUAAAUGUGUAUAGUUAAUAUCUAGAGAUAUUUUCUGCUAUCCUCAGCGUAGUAUAUAAGCGGGUUUAACGGAAUAUGUAUGUACUUAUUUUCAUGAUGAUAAAAAUAUAUAUUCAUAAUAAAAAUUUAUGGUGAACUGAACUUU